GUUUGACCUUGGUACAUCCUUCAAUCAACAUAAGCGUUUUCCAGAUUCCUGUGUAAUGUGCUUACUAAUUUUAUAUCUGGAGUAUAAUGGAAGGAUACAGUUCUUCAGCCUAUUUAGUUUUACUUUUUUGAUUAAAACUAUCUGAAGUGGAGUUAUCAAAUCUGCUCAAUUUUGUUUAGUUUUGUCAACUGAGCGAUUUAGUGGAGUUAGGUUGUUGCACAACUGUUGCUUUAAGUUGUGCAAUACAUUUUCAAACUUUCUUUAUGUGUAAAUUAUAAAGUUAAUGUCGUCAUCUCGAGCUGCCUCUGCUAUUAAGGAAGUAAUCAACUUCAAAAAUGCUAAGAGGACGUCUUUCUUCCUCAUGAUAAUGAUAUCAAUAUAUCAUGGCUUUCUGAUGACAAAAUCUGGUGGUAAUUUGUGCAAGUCUCUACUGAGUGAUGGAAGAUCAGGGCCUGGUGGAGAAUUUCGGCCCUACAGUUGUAUGAUACAUACUUACUCAUCAAGAGACAGUCAUAAAUGUUUUAAAAGACUUGCGCCUUGGGGUGAUGUGGUCCGACUCUAUUUUGUUGGAGAUUCACGACUCAAAAAGCUAUUUAAUGCUUUUGUUUAUCACAUAAAUGAUGAAAUUGUUGGAGAAAAUACUACAUCAGAAGCAAGCAUUUCAAAUAACUUUCAGUAUGUUGCGGGAGAAGUCGACUUACGAUUUUUCUAUCAUGAUGAAAUUACAGAUGAUACACUAGAACUAGUCAAGUCAUGGAUCGGCUCUACAAAUUUAUCCAAUGUUACUGAGUCUAAUAUACGAAACAAAAAUAAUGACAUUUCUGCACCUACUCACUUGAUAAUCUCUAUGGGCACAAAAACAAUACAACAUUAUAAUAGAUCCGAAGAUGGUCUUUUAGAAUAUAUGAACGGUGUUAAACGUCUUACUAGUGUUUUAGAAGAAUUGAAAUUCGCACGGUGCGUAUGGAUGCUACAAGACCCUGUUGCAGAAAGUCUUUUAUCUAAAGAGUUGAAAAUAAUUACAAAUGAUUUAAUCGAUAAAUAUAAUGAAUUUUCAUCAACAGCUAUGAAAUCUGUUAGUGGUGUAGAAAUAUGGAGUUCAAAUCGUUUAAUUGCCCUUAAAGUUGGUUUCCCAGCUAUAAAUUGGAAUUGUCGUCAAUUACAAAUGUUAUCUACAAGUAAUUCAGAUAAAAUGGCAUCGGCAACAUCUAUAUUAGAUUAUAAAGAAGGUACGGCAAAGAAUAAUGUCUGCUUAGAAAUGCCCACACUUUCAGAUGGAUAUCAUGUCUCAGAUAAAGCUAUGAAAGAGAAUGUACAAAUUCUAUUAAAUUUGUAUUGUAAUAAUCAAAUGAAAUUCUCUGACGGUACUUGUUGUCGUGGUUCUGAGCCAAUUACACCUGUACAAGAAAAAUGUUUUAUAUUUUACGCUAUUUGUGUGUUAAGUACUUUACUUUGUUUUCUGCACAAUCAAUUUAUUUCUCGUGGUAAGCCAUGUACACAAGUGAUAAAUUUUCGUAGAAUAUUUUUAUUUUUUCGUAAAACGGCUGAAGCGCAACCAUAUGUCCCAGUGGAAAGUGAACCUAAUGGUGAUAAUGAGAAUAAUAAUAAUACUGAUACAACCAGUUCAUUAUUUGUGGAGUUUUAUGAACUAACUAGUGCUCUGUCCAAAUUUGGUGCUAUUAUGAUGUAUUUCUUCAUAUGUGACAGAACAAUACUAUUCAUGAAGGCCAAUAAACGUUAUACAAAUUUGAGCUUUUUUCUGCCGAUUAUCUAUUGCUUCGUGUUAGGUUUAUUCUUUAGUGGACCAACUAAACAAUCUCAAGUAAAUCAUUUGGAUAUAACACGUGAAUGGAAAGGAUGGAUGCAAUUAUAUCUUCUAAUUUAUCAUUUUACUGAUUCUUAUAGAGUAACUCCGAUUUUCAUGUCAGCUCGUCUUGUUGUAUCGAGUUAUCUGUUUCUGUCAGGAUAUGGACAUUUUUGUUAUUUUUGGCGUAAACCUGUACCACAAAUUAAUUGGUUAAAAUUAUUGAAUUAUCGUCGUUGCUCCAGAGAAUUCUGCAGUGCAUGGAAAGCAUUAUGGCAAAUUUUACAUCGAUAUUUAAUUGUUAUUUAUCGUUUUAAUUUCUUCGUCUUUGGAUUAUGUCUAGUUAUGAAUCGCGGUUAUUUAGCUUAUUAUUUUAUCCCAUUAGUAUCAUUUUGGUUCACUGUUACAAUGAUUGUUUGUGUUAUAUUCCCUCGCGUAUCUGGUCAAAAAGUAUCUGAAAAUCAAAAUAAUCGGGAUAAUAUCGAUUGUAAUGAUAACAACAGUAAUCAUAAUAUCACUAGUAAUCAUAAUAGUAAUAAUGCUCUUUCUACUCAUGCUAACAAUGUUACCAACAUGACUACUACUCCUAUUCCUUCUACAACUGCAUCUACAAGUAUCCCAUCUAACGCAACUGCCACUUCUACCGCUACAACUAAUAACUCGUACAACUACAAUCGUAACCGUUAUUUCAAUCACCAAUACUUUACUACUAACUACGAGGAAUAUCCACCUAAUCAUCAAUAUAUAGAAUCAGAUGAUGAAAUUUAUUCCCAUCAAUCUCCAAGACGAUCUAGCCUGAACAUGAAUAAAUCAUUCCUGUUACCCACCUCAUCGCCAUCAUCCCUGCUGUCAUCAACAGAUACAGUAAUUGGUGAAAUAUCUGAUUAUAUUCCAUGUCAUUCUUCAUCUUCACGUAAAUUAACGGCACCAAUUAAUUAUAAUUUACAUAAGGGUCAUUAUAAAGCGUUAUCACUCGGUACAGGAUUUGAUCUUUGUCAAAAUUAUUCUCUUACUACUACUGAUACUGAUAGUUCUGUUCCUUGUAAUCCUCAAUUUUGUCAUUAUCAAGCCAAUCAAAAACUUGUUGGACAUCGAUUACAUCGCUCCGUUGUUAAGUCACGUGGACGUCUUGGUCCACCGUUAACGGAAGAUUUAAUUCGUAAAUUUCAGUGCAUUGUUUUACCAUUAAAAAAGAAGAUAUCACCAGCAACAUCGUCGACAAUGAGCGCAACAACAACAAUAACCACGAAUAAAAAGCGAAUGGUAAUCAUGAACCAGAAAUUAAAACAGCCAUUGGAUUCUACUACUAAUACUACUAUUAUUACUACUUCUACUACUAAUAAAUGUCGUCGAUAUUUCAAAUCAAUAUGUUUCAUUCAUUGUAGCCGUAUACGAUUGACUUAUGUAUUAAUGAUAAUAAAAUUUAUUGGUUUAAUAUGUUUUAUCGAAUCAUUGUAUCGUUCAAGAGGAUUCUUUCAUUGGUUAUUCUUCUCAGGACCACAAAAGUAUAUAUUUCAAUAUCAUCGUGAGUAUACACCAUCAGCACAGAAAGAUGUUACCAAUAAUGAUGAAAAAAUAUGGUUUUUUCGUUGGUCAAUCGAUCGUUAUUCGGCUGUUUACGGUAUGAUAUUUGCCUUCCUGUGCGAAUCCCUACGACAAAUCGGAGUAUUAGAAGAUACCAUUGAUGAUAACAGCGGUGAUAAUUAUGCUUUCACUGGUUAUCUACAAGGCAUUAAGCAGUCGGAUGAAAUUCGUUAUUCUCGAUUACCACUGAGUAGUAAGAAUUACAAUCUUACUACCACUGUCGCUACCAAUAAUAAUGAUGAUAAUCAUAGUAGUGAUGUCAAUAAUCAUAAAAUUAACAAUGAUGACAUGGAUACUGAUUAUCAUAAACGACUUCAAAAAGCUAAUCAUAAAACAUUCCAUUGUCAGAAUGAUUACAAUGAUGAGUCUUAUGAAUAUUUAAAUCAUUCAACAUCUUAUGAAAUCAAACAUUAUGAUAACAUUUUCAAUUCAACUGUUCAAUAUUCAAAUCAUUUGCAAAAACCAAUGAAUAGUACUAACAAUUUAUCAUCGUCGUCAUCAUCAUCCACAUUAUUGAGUCAUUUGAAUGAACAUAAUAACGAAAUUUCUUAUUUCUCUAUGCUUAUAUACAAGUGUUUCUCACCGUUAGGUUUAACCGUAUUAGGCAUAAUUGGUCUAAUGUUUUCUUGCAUAUAUGUAUUUGCCUGUUCGAAUCGAGAAACAUGUUUACAUAUCCACGCAUAUAUGUGUCUCAUUCCUAUAAUAUCGUAUAUUCUGGUGAGAAAUAGUUUCAGUUCAUUACGUAGAAUAUAUAGUAUAUUCUUUGCUUGGAUUGGUGAUAUGUCAUUGGAAUUAUUUAUUGCUCAAUAUCAUAUCUGGUUAUCAGCCGAUGCUUAUGGUAUACUUGUUCUAUUACCAGGUUUUCCAUUGAUCAACUUAACUUGACAUCAUUUAUUUUUAUAUGUAUAUGUCAUGAAGUGCAUAUAUUAACACGUCGAUUACAAAAUUAUAUUAUUCCUAAUUCCCCUUUAAAACUUGUUCGUAAUAUUUUAAUUUUUACAUUAGUAUUUCAUUUAAUUACUAAUUCAACAUUACAAAUGAUUCAAUGGGAUUUUUCUUAAUUAUUAUCAUUAUUAUUAUUAUGUUGUAUUUCUAAAAUAAUCCAUUUUUACAUACUUUAUUUCAAUGUUUUUUCAAUUGGUUCCAUUGUAUACUGUUGUUUGUUUUUUUCUAGUUUUUCAUGGUGCAUUCAUUCUUCAUAGAUAUAUUAUUUUAUUUGACAUUAACAUUUUUCCUCAUAUGUUUUACUUCAUCUAAUACAAUCAUACAAGUGUACAAAUGCAUAUGUAUAAAUGAAAAGACUGUGGUGAGACUAUAAUUUAUGGGCAACCUUUGAGCGAUGCUAGACUACUGACCUUAAGAGUAUCCACUUAAUAACCAGGACCAAAUGAGGAUUAUAAACCUGUGUAAAGAAUUAGAAUUAUAAUUUACAGUUGAUAAUUAAGCUUAGGAAUUAAAUUUCGAGUUUUCAUCAUGAAUGGACAUCAGCUAUAAUGCCGAAACUCUAUUUAUCCGAAUGGAUGAGUGAAUUUCACGCCAACAUCUGAGACCUGUUAUCUUAUACGUGAUUGGUUCGUCCAUAAAUUAUAGUCGCCCUAAGACUGUUUUAAUGUUAGUCGAUUUUUUUUCUUUUCUGCUGAUUAAACAGUAUAUUUGAUCUCAGUUAAUAUUAAUACUAUUGUUUAUUAUUAUUGGUAAAGAUCUUGAAGAAAUCACGCCACUUGUUCUUAUGAUCGAAAUUCUGUGAUAUGUUAUUGAGCAAUCACCAAUGGUAAUUUUAGUACUACAUAUCGAUUUUAAAAAUGAUUUUCUCAUUUCUUUGUCAGUUGCUGUCUUUCUACUUUUCAAAUUACAUAUUACCUUAUGUAACAAUAGAGACCAGGUCAUAAUUGAAUGAAAUUGAAUAUAAAAUCUAUGAUAGAAAAACGUCACAAAAGCUAAGAUGAUUUUCUUAUUUGUCAUAUAGUUUUUAAAUCUGUACAUUCAUAUUAAUACCAUAUAGAAAUAAUAAUAAUGACUUCUAUAAAAUUACUGAGUAAUAAAAAGUGGUUUCUCGGU